AUAUUACUGUAGUGUUAAUGUCAUUAAGGCACAAUGAAGAAAGUAUUUAUGUUUUUUCUUGUUGUCGAUACUGACCGUAAAGCUAACAAGCUUGGCUGGUGCGACAGUGGCGCCCUCGCACUCAAACAAACACAAAAUUAAGUAAAUGUAUGGCUGACUGGAUUUGUUGAUACAUGGACAUUCUGAUAGAUGGCUCUGCUUUGAACUUGUGAUUUUAAUGGAAAAUAAAAAUAAAUUAAUUAAUUUGCAUCUUUGUAGUCACUUAGGUCACUUAAUAGGUUCACAGUUCUUAUCGGUAUGUUCCAUUGCGAAUUGUGAAUGUUAUUUGAAGGUUCUAUUGCGACUUUGGUUACGGCGACUAUAGGAGGCGAGGUUUUCUAAUAAACCUCCUUUAUAACUCCUCAAAAUCUUCUGGAAUACCUGAUGACAUAAGUAUAUUGUGACGUGAUGUUACUGUUUUAAACUAAGUUUCAUUGUUAUUAGAUAUUAUAGGGAAUAUUAGAUACCUACGCUAUAACUCGAGGCAUUGUGCUGGAGGGGGCUUCGAUGAAAAACUGCUAUGCCAUAAGUAAUAAGUAGCCAUAAGGAGCCAACUAUGUAAUAAGAGGAAGACAUCAGGUGGGUGCCCUCGCAAUAGUCAAACCGAUGUCAACCUGUGAUGCUAUAGUAAAAUUAUAAACCAUCAAUUCAGGAAACAGAAUUUAGGACGAAAUUAGCAGGUUUUCAAAAUUAGACGAUGGCACGGGUUUUUAAUGUUUUAUUCGUGAGUGGCUUUCUUGUUUUUUAUUAUAAUAUAACAAGAAUGAUGUCGCUGACUUUCUCACAAACCCAUUCAAAUUCAUAUCAAGUUAUACUGAAGCUCAUUUGGAAAUCCAAAUGUGUUUAGGUACCAUAUGUACCUGAACGGUCUUUUUCCAAAUUACCUUCUGCAGAUGGCUGUUCAAUUAUCAGGAUUGGUUAUGUUAUUAGAAAAGACACCACGAUGCUAGUUUAAACGACUUGACUUAAGCCCUCGUGUGCCUUAAAGUAUCGUCCAGCAUCAAUGACGAAAGUGAUAUACUAAGAAGUAGGUACUUCUUACACUUAAGUUGACAUAUUUCCUCGAAUAGAAUUCGACGAGCCUUGCCGUCGGGAGCCCAGCUGAUGUGUUUACAUAAGAUUUGAAGUGGAUGUAUCUGCAGCUUCUUGACCGUUCAAAAAUAACCCACAUCCAACAUCAAUUAGAACAUUGAAAAGCAUCUUAAAUUGAAAAAAAAAAAUGGAUCCCGAAGAGAUUAUGAGACGUAAGUUUCGGGCCAAGUGCCGUUUUAAAGCUGUUGGUCGCAUGGUGAUGGCCAACUGCUACUGGCUGAUAGAAGCGGCUGACCAAUACGAGGGCGUGGAAGAUGUGAAGAGGAGAGUCGCUCAGGCAGUCCGCGGGAAGGCAAAGAAGAAACGCCUCUUGAAUAUAAAUGAUAAAGCGCUUCUGAACAAGCCUAACUGUGACAGGACAGACACGGAGAAAAAGUAUAUUUACCGCAUCAUUGGCGGACUGAAAUGUUUUAAGCGGUAUCCUAACCAUGUUAAAAAGAAGUUGGCAGCGGUAACGUAUUUCAAGUACUACGGUCCAAACCGUGUUAUAGUCCGUCAACAUCACGAUGCUUCUGCGCUGUACUUCAUCGUGACCGGUGACGUCACGGUCAGUCAGAUGAUCUUCGAUGAGUUGCUGCAGCAGUACGUGUCUGUGGACAUCGGUAUCAUGCACCCGGGAGACAUGUUCGGAGAAGUGUCCUUGUUGCAUAAUAUCCCUAGGACGGCUACGUGUACAACUGUUGGUCACUGCGAAUUGUUAGCUUUGAUGAAGGAAGACUUCAAGAAUGUUCUCCAAGCAUCCGUGCAGAAGCAGUGGGAUGAAGUACGACGUGCUAUGUCCGCUUUCAGUUACUUUGAUGCACUCGAUGAGGUAGCGAGUCGUGAAGGAUGCAUCGUUGCAAAAAUGAAGACAUACAAUGCAAACGACAUAAUAUUGGGGGACGGCUGUGGCAUUCCCAACUUUAUUUACUUCAUCCUGUCAGGCCAAUGUCAGAUGAUUGAAACCCUCCAAAUCUCGGUCAACACGAGAUGCGGACAUACGUCUUACUCACUUUACGACCCAUACGUCCCUAAAGAAGAAAGUGAGCAGGAUUUAGAUACAAAAUAUUUUGGUGCUUAUAAAGAUAAAACUAAAUAUAUGAUGCAGUCUGACACCUCGGAUAUGUCUUCAAGUCGAUCAGGAUCGAAACGCGCAGAAAGUCUUUUGCGAGACAUUAAAAACAGAUCCAGUUCUAUGACUAAACGAGAUAGUAUACAAAUUAUACCAGAGGAGAGAGUGGCCCCGGACGUUCCCGCAGCUGGAUCGAAUGCAAGCCCAGCUGUGCCUGAAACCAUUCCUGAAGAAAAUGCUGAAGAAGACUCGGAUGACCGUCGUCAAUCGGUCAAAUCUGAAGUGUUGAUGCAUCCUUCUGAACAACAUCGCGAGUCCGUAAGGUUCAGCGUGCAGCACCCCCCUUUGAAGCUGAAUAUUCGGACCUAUUUUAUGCAGGUGUGCAAGUUUUACCCCGGCUCAACGUUUGGUUUCGGCGAGAAUAUGCGAGAUCGUAGGAUUGUUGCAGUAACUCCAGUUGACUGUAUGUUGAUGCCCAAGAUGUGGCUGCUGCAACGGAACACAGCAAAUAUCUGGUCACGCAUACAACACUUCCUUGAAAAGAAGAUACCAACAAAGCGGCAGUUGUUUCAAAGUUUCGUCUCAGAACGACGCUGGCAAGAGUUCCGUGAUCAGCUCGUGGGCGACAUAGUGGCGAGGUCCAACACUAUCAACUGGACCUCCUUGCAUGACGUGCCCUAUUCCAUACGCAUGGAGGAGAUGGUAGACAUUUGAAUUCUCUAUUAGAAGUUUAUGAAGCACGAAAUAAAAGUUGUAGAAAUAA